AUGCGUAUAAAUAGCAAAGACGAUUCCAAAGAAUGCAAAGCUAAAAUGUUCCCAAUUACAACAUUUACCAACAUCAGCUUAUUAUCGCGAAAGAACAAUGAAAAUUCCGAUGGAAUUCCUUCGAGGCUCGAAGAAAUCCCGAGAAACGGUCAAGUUCAACAGUAUGGAGAGGUUAACCAGUUGGGAGGUGUUUUCGUAAACGGUAGACCUUUACCUAACGCAGUAAGGCUUCGAAUUGUGGAACUAUCUCAAGUUGGAAUCAGACCGUGUGAUAUUUCUAGACAACUUCGCGUGUCUCAUGGGUGCGUUUCAAAAAUUCUUGCCAGAUACCAUGAAACUGGAUCCAUAUUGCCAGGAGCAAUUGGCGGUUCCAAACCCCGCGUCACAACCCCAAAAGUGGUGGCUUACAUAAGAAAACUAAAGCAAAAAGACCCGGGCAUCUUCGCAUGGGAAAUGCGCGACCGACUUUUGGCCGACGGCGUGUGCGACAAAUACAACGUCCCCUCGGUAAGCUCCAUCAGCAGGAUAAUCCGGAACAAGAGCCUUGGACACACGCCACCGCACCCCCACAGCCUCUACAACGCGAUCUACCCCUCGUACCCCAUCAGCCCCCGCAACUACCCCAUGGCCCCGGUCACUCCCCCGGAGAUGUCCCAUCAAAAGUUAGGGGGUGCCGCAAGGAGCCAUCCCGGGGCCGGCUACAACUGGCCCAGCAGUCACAGCGUUCAGGAUAUCUUGUCGGGGAUGCAUGGGGCUAUGUUCAGGGGGGCGCAUCCGGGGCAAGGGGGGGCUCUGCCUCCUCCGACGGGGUCGCCCCAAAGCACGCAGAAUUAUUAUAAUCACGUGUACCAUCUGCAAAAUACCAACUCAAUGCAUAUGGUGAAUACCGGCCAUGCAUUGACACCGACGGGAUACAUUUAAGGUUUAUUUAUUUUAUUACAAAGAAGGGGAAACAAUUGUAUUUUAUAGUUUUUACUCUUA